CCCUCCCACAAUCGAAUCCACUGGGGUCUUGGUUGCACCCGAUUGGUCGGGGAUGCUGCAACAGGGGGGGCGAGAACAAUAGCAUCAUUCCGGCAUAAAAAGAGUGGAGCUAUGCCUUGGAGACGAAAACAUUUCAGCAACAGAAGGAUCAAUAUACCGGGGGAGACGACGUCCCACAAGCCUCUAGCGUUGCCAUAAUUCUAACAAACCUGGAUACUCGAGACUUCACCCGCCUCCCCGAAGUGCCUUUCCGCCGCCACUCGCCAAGAUGCCCAAAGGAUUCCUGGUAAAAAGAAACAAGAAAUCUGCACAUGUUUCCUACAGGACUCGAUCGGACGAAGAUGACUUCCAGGAGCAUCCCACCCCAGCUGCCUUGCCGUGUAUGUCGAACCCCUCCCCGCCGAUGUGCGCCGCGUCCAGUCCGCACCGCGCUGCGGCGUUGCCGGAUUUCACAGCAGCUGACGCGCCAGUGCCAAGAGUGGAGAAGCCGGCACAGUUCGGCAACCCGGAGGCGGCGUGCCAAGCCCUCUACAGCCCCACCCGGCCCAUCAGCAAGGAGCACGACAGGGGAUAUUUUGAGCGAAGUUUCAAUCUGGGCUCGCCUAUUUCUGCCGAGUCAUUCCCGACACCCGCCUCCCUCUCCGGCCUGGACCACCUCCUAUACGCCCCGGUCGACCUGAAGAUCGGCACCAGCAACAGCAGCCGCAGCGGCACCACCAGCAGCCUCCCGGCACCGAGCCAGCGGGUCGGCGCCAAAAGACCCGCAGCUGACGGCACGGAGCGCAAAUCGAAACCCGCCGCCAAGAAACCCAAAGCCAUCAGAAAACUUAACUUCGAAGACGAGAUGACGACUUCUCCUGUGCUCGGUCUCAAAAUCAAAGAGGGGCCGGUGGAGGUGAAGCCGAGGGCACCGUCCUCCGGGGGAAACAAGCCUCUGGGGGAGUUUGUGUGUCAGCUCUGCAAGGAGGCGUACGCGGAUCCCUUCUCCCUCGCCCAGCACAAGUGCUCCCGCAUCGUCAGGGUCGAGUACCGGUGUCCCGAGUGCGAUAAGAUGUUCAGCUGCCCGGCCAACCUCGCCUCCCACCGCCGCUGGCACAAACCCCGGACCACCGGCGCGCCGGCGAUGCCACCCGCGCAGGGCACCAAAGCUGAGACGGCCAAAAUGCCACCGCUGGGUGUCAAGACAGUCUCCGACGAAGCCAAAGACACGAGUGACAGGGACACCCCGAGUCCAGGUCUGUCCGAGUCGGGCUCCGAUGAUGGCUCGUAUGACUGCCAGUACUGCGGGAAGAGGUUCAAGCGACAGGCAUACCUAAGAAAACACAUCAUGGGCCACCAGGCCCUGCAAAAGAAAGUGCUGGAGGAGCACGGGUUUCAGACCAGCGAGCGCGCGGCGGAGCCGGCACCGGUGCCACCCGCCUCCUCCACUGCACCACCUCCGCCGCCGCCACCGCCGCCACCACCACCACCACCAUCCUCCUCCUCCUCCUCCUCCUCCUCCUCAGAAGAAGCCUCAAACCAAAGCCCCCUCAACCUGAGCCCCGUGGACUGCCUGCUGUGCCCGGUGUGCGGGGAGAGUUUCACCAGCAGGGCCGGCCAGGAGCGACACCUGCGCCUCAUGCACUCCUCCCAGAUUUACCCGUGCAAGUACUGCCCCGCCACGCUGUACAGCUCGCCGGGCCUCACCAGGCACAUAAACAAGUGCCACCCCUCGGAGAACAGGCAGGUGAUCCUGCUCCAGAUGCCGGUGCGUCCCGCCUGCUAAAGACAUCGCAAAACUCGUGCCUUCGACGUUUAGAGAAGAAAAAAAAAAAAGGAAGAAGAAACAACAAACAAACAAAAAAAGUGGCUUUGGGGUUAAAACUAAAUAGAUGAAGAGUUUGUGAUGCUCACUGCCAUAACUUUAGGCCAAUGAAAGGCGGUUUAAUGUUUUCAUGCCAAUCAGUGAUUGUUGAACGCUCCGUUCUCUCUAGAUUUGAAUUAUAGGCCUAUUUUGGGAUUUUUCUUUCUCAAAUCAGUUCAUCAAGGACAACAAAAAAAAAAGAAGAAGAAGAAAAGAAUACAAAGCGAUAGUUUGACUGUUAAAAGGGUAUUUUUCUAGGACGGCACACGUGCUCAAUGAUAGCUUCUAGACCUAAGAAAUAAUGUCUUAAAACCCCCAGAAACCCUUUUGAUUUCCCCCCAGACACAACUUAUCAACUUCUGUCCUGGUGGGAAAAAUCAAAGUGUGACUGAAACACUCCCUGUUUAGUAGAACCACAAAUGCCUUUAGUAUACGAAGAAGCCUUUAGUGUGAACUAGCCUAUACAUACACAUCCAAAUCCCGCUGUAUAGCUGCCUUAAAAAAACAAGAAGAAGAAGAAGAAAAGUCAACAUAGAUUGUUUUAAUUUUGAAUGCUGGCACAUAUUUUAUAAUUAUUAUUGAAGAUUGUUGCAAUAUUUUUCAUCAUAUGUUUAUUUAUUUAUUUAUUGGAAUAAUUUUAUGUAACUUAUUGUUGUGUUUGUUGUGAUUUUUUUUUCUCUCCCUUCUCCAUCAUGUGAAUCGUUCUUGGCAGUUUACAUGUCGUAUAGCCAAAAUGUUUUUCUUGUUUUUUCUUGGUUCAAUGUUUGUGUUUCUUUCGUCAGGUUCCUGAGGUGUGAUGCUUGUCGUGGAUCGGGUUUUUAAAUCUUCAAUCGCCACAGCUCUUGUUUAAAAAAAAAAAAAAAAAAAGGAGAAAAGAAAAAAACGUAAAGCUCUUACCUUAGAUGCAAUCUUUUUUAAGGACAAGUUAUUUUUCUUAAAUGUUGGCUUUUAUAGCGCUUUGAUUGUACGUGUACAUCGUUGUUGUCUAUCGAAAUAAAAAAAAAUAUUUUCAAAACGA